AUGGUCCUGACAUACGUAUUCUCGGUAUUACGGACACUUGUGCUUGCUUCUCCUACGGAUUAUUCUCUCUGGGCGGUCUUCAUCCUGUGGGCUGUACGGCUCAUAUCUCUGUCCCUCAUAUUCCGGAUAUACGUGGGUCCUUCUAUCAUCAGACUCAUUUCUAAACGGUUACGCGUGCGCAGCGUAAGUUUGCGCUCCAUCCGUGGAAUAUACUUUCGAGCAGGUAGUGGAACGUUGCGUGUCGACCGUAUUGGCAUAUCUUAUCACCGCCCCUCCGCUGAAAUUGCGCGACGCUUUUCCAUCGUAGUGGAAGGUGUGAAAGUGGAGCUUGACAGGAGGAAGGAUAAUACGCGGUUGGAGCCUUCCUUCAGCCGGAAACGUUCAGGUUCGCCCUCUUUCACAUUCUCGCCGCUCGUACGACGUUCCUGGCCUGCUAUCUGGUCCGUACUGCGCAUACUGUACGCUGUUCUUGAACCGUACGUCCGCCCUGUGGUUCGGUCGCUAUUUGUCAGUAUCCUCCGCUUGGUUAUCCGGGCACUGCCUGCUAUCACUCAUGUUCUGGACUUCGAGCUGCAUUCGGCUGUAGUUACACUAGCGGAUGUCCCAGGGUUAGAGUUGUCAGUAAGACAAGCCAAGCUCUACACAACGAUUACGCUGUCGUCCAUUGACGGGGUAAUCAUUCCGGGCACUAGAAGACAUGCUCAUCACACGCGUCGUCAUAAGAGCUUGGCGAAUGUUGCCGAUUGGAAUGCCAGGAUUGCGGGAAGUCUCCGUCGCACAUGGGAUCGUGCUUGGGGUGCUACUCAGGUUACUGCUUCAUUAACGCUUGGUAUUAAACACAUCACUGGUACUGCAUCUUCCGUUUCUCUUCAAAAUCUUCCCAAAGCAUCCGCUACCGGCGAGUAUCAUCCAUUUUACGUUUAUGGAAUGGCUUUUGUCGAUGUCCCGUCUACGACAUUUACUGCGUUAGUGCGCAUAGAUCCACAUCGGGCCAUCGAACCCCAUAGCGUGGAGACGUCGCUCAAGCUCGAUACCGUUGACAUCAAGAUCGAUGCCAUUCAACGUCUACUGAAACUUCUGAGGUCGCGUCCGAGGCAGCAAAGUCUUUCUGAGCUAAAUGAGCAGCUGCCUUUGUCCCCCGCUUCUAUGCAAACACCACUUUCAGCUUCACUUUCUCCCCCACUUCCAAAUCGUCGCUUCCCGUGGCCGUCUCCAAUGUCACCUGGCUCGCCGCUCAUGGAAGCUCUAUCUUCUGCAUCGAUGCGAUUAGGUUGGGGCCACAAACAUAUUCCAGUACGUAGGCUUGGUAGCAAGGCAGUCAGUUCGCACCUAUCAUUCCUGAAAGCUGUGAAUAUUAUCAUUACGAAGCUUCAGCUGCAACAUGGACCCCAGCUUAAUGAACGAGAUGUUUCUCAGACAUUUGUAGCAACACUACGGGGAAUCGACCUCCAUGUGGGUCUUAGUCAUCCAGGUUCGAAUCCCAUACACAGGAAGAUGCUGGGUACCGGAAGUGUGCCAGACGAUGACCUCGGUGCGGACGUAUAUCGUCUCAAUCUUUCUACGAACAGAAUCUCCCUGGACAGGUCUGGCUCAGGUGCGAUUGUCGAUCAUCUACAAGUCCUUUCCAUCGGGUCUCUACAAGUGGAUGCGAUGAUCUCCCAGUGGCCCUCUCCUUGGCUUUGUAGCCCGAGGUUCUUGUCAGGCGACCCUAAUUCCCAGCUAUUGGCGGUGAAUAUUGAUUUAGGCGAAGUGCGUCUUACAGAGCGCUUGGAAGUUCUUCGUGUCAUUCUGGCGCGCCAACAGCCUCCAGCCGAACCCACAGACGGUCGCGCACCUUUGCCGUCAAUAUUAUCACCAGUUCCUCGCAUCGCAUUUGGUUUCAAAGUUGGGCCUGUGAUUGCACGUCUCAUCUCGUCCGGGGUGCAAACUAACGAAGAUCCAUUUGCUCUCGAAGCUCGGACGGACGGUCUCGUACUCGCUCUGGACUCACAUUACCUGUCACUCCCCGAUAAGCGCUCGACUCACGCUCUGCAUGACCAUCUGAAUCUCAAAAUGGAAUUCUUUCUCAAUUGUUCACUGCAACGCACAUCUAUUCAUCUACAGUUUGGCUCCGAGCUCAGCAGUAGGCACGAACGGGGCUCACCUGCUGAGUUCUCACACCACUCCGGUGACGGUUUACUGAAUUUGGACACGUUCGAAAUAAUUGGUCAUGGAAACGGCAUCGGUGACAUCGCGGAGGAGGGUAAUUGUGCCAUCACACUGGAUGUUCCCUCAUUAUUCACGGAUUUGCGGUGUUCUACGGAGGCCAUAUCGAUCGAGUUAUGGCAACCUAGUGUUCUCAAAGCUAUCUCCCGGCUUUCGGCAUAUUUUAUCAAAGGAACAAAGAAGCCUGAGCACACAUCGGCUCGUUACGUUCUGGACAGCCUGCCGUUUGGUCUGUCGGCUUCAAUAUCUGUGGGGCGUUUUGUCGUAUUUGUCACCGCACCGGAUCUCGCUCCCGGUGAAGAGCUGGGCAUAACUCGUGGUGUGGCAGCACAUCUAGGGUUUUCCCUCCGUUAUUGUGCCGUCCACAACAGGCAUUAUGAUCGCAUUUCUAACCUUCUUGCUCGAAGCCAAAAGCGCCUGCGUUUGGCGUUACCUACAGAGCACAUCGUUCAAGCUGUAGCCGGCACGACCACACCUGUGCAAACACCUUCACCUCGUGCGUUGAUUGGAAUCGCCUUAUGGGACGUUGCUCUCCGCGACGCUGUCGCAACGCCCUUCACUGCAGAUGAUCCCUACUGCCAUGCUGAGCAGGACGUCAACCUGACAUCUAAGGAAUUCCUGCGGAUUGCCAAUGUUGAUAUUGACAUGGUCCUGUCGGGCCUGCGCCCGAAUGGAACGUAUCGCCCUGGAUCGAAAGACGAUCUCCUGAUCACCGCCGCCGUCUCGAGGAUACGUGGGUCGUUGCGUCUCGCUCAUAUUUAUCAUCUUCUGCUGGCCGUCGAGACUUUGAAGGGGCUCUUGCCACCUUCGUCCUCAGAGAAAAGGAGCGCGCCCACCCAUUCCACCCUUUCACUCAGUCUGCAGUGUGAUAUCAAGGAAGCCCAACUUCUAUUCGAAUUCCCCCUGCGAUCGAAAUUGUACUUGCAGAUUUCAUACCUGUGUUGUACGGGGUCGCCCUUGAAGAAAAUUACUCUCAAGUGGAGCAGCAUCAUCUUGGCGAUUGCUGUUUCUACUAUACGAGAUGGCUCUCCAAGGGAAGAAUGGGAAGAGUUAGCUCGUCUAUCAGAUUGGAGCAUCAGCCUACCACUCCACAUCAAUCCUACGUCUAUCUUGGUUGAAGGUAAUAGCGGUCGUCUGCGCAUACCGUUCGAUUUUGUUCUGGCCGACCUUAUCCUGGAUGUCAAUCUCACCGUCAAGAGUGCAAAGCAUCUCAUACGCAUGGUUUCCGAUGGUCAAUACUCCAAGCCGCCAGUACCAGAGGCCGAAGACGCUAAAAUUGUGCCGAACAUUUCGAUCACGAUCAGAUGUCUGACUAUUGACGCGGCGGACGAGAAUCUUGAGUCGAGAAUGGGUCUUAUAUGGCGCACGGGCUACGAGGCAGCGCGUCUGAGACAGGAGCGUGACGAAGCGUUUCAGGCCAAGGUGUCCACUAUCCUGACGUCAAAUUAUGCGCACCCCCAACCUCAUGAUGUCGACUCCGACUUCCAAUUCGGUUCUAAACAUACAGUCUCCAUUUCCAAUGCUCGCGAACGCUUAUAUCAAGUCCACUCUGUUGCUUGGAAAUCUUCUUUCAUGAAAGCGAAUAGCUUGCAAAAAAGUAGGGAAGACAAGUAUACUCGGCAUGCCAUCGGGCGUCGAUCAAAAGAGGAUUUGUACCACGAUCUGGUCUCUGUCAAUCCAAUGCAAGCAAUUCCUCCUCUAUUGCGAAUUUCGUGGGAUAGCUUGAUUCUCAAUUUAUCUGCUCCCAAAACACUAAUCGACAACAUCCCAGAAUUGCUCUUUUCUGCAGGCGAUGGGCUCCCGAAAGAUACGCAAUUUUCACUCCUCGUGCCUCUGCACAUCAACUUCACUGUGGCGUCCCUUCGGAUGACCUUCCGGGAAUAUCCACUCCCGCUGCUCAAUAUCCCGCCGAAUUCCAUUAUAGGUUCUCCCGCGCUCGAAUUCGACACUAACUUGGUCAUUGCUGAAGAGAUGGGGACUGAUUGUUCUGUGGAGUGGUUCCCAUGUGAAGUUGUCCAUGCUAACAGCGGUAUCCAUGGCGCGCCCGCACUAUCCAUUCCAGUUCCUAAGACGAUUAUGCCUGUCAAGACAUAUGCUCAGCCUACCAUACGGGUCCUCACCGAUGGUACAACUGAUUUAGCAUGGGCUGUGAGCUACGGCCCCGCAACGCAAGAUUUCAUGCGUGUCAUUGAUACGUUGUCGCACGCGCCUCGAGAUCCAUCACCGCCUAUUGGAUUUUGGGAUAAGUUGAGGCUAAUUUUACAUUGGCGUGUCAAGGUGUUUUUUAAGGGUGAUGUCCAGUUCAACAUGAAAGGUUCUCGCGACCCUUAUGGACUAAGCGGCGACGGAGCUGGAUUCGCCCUGAGCUGGAGAGGAGACCCUUGUGUAUUCAUUGGCCAGCCGAACGAGCAAGGAGAAUUAAUUCAAGUCAAGAGUGACACUAUGUUGAUCAUAAUUCCUAACGUGCAAGAGACGUGGGGUCAGAACGGCGAAGUGGACGAGCCUACGCUACGACACUCUAUCUCUGCCACACCCUUUUCCACCUUCAAUCCGCGAAGAUCUCGUGAGUCUAGAGUGUGUGCAAAAGUUAGCUCGGGCACAUGUUUCGGCGUGGGGUUCGUCCUCGAGCGAUCCUGUGGGUCGGAGUGCGGCACAUGCACGGGCAAACCGUUUGACCGCGAAUGUCGUUUCUUCGACUUCCUACCUCAUUACAAGGUCAAGUUGGAGACCAAAGCGGGCAUCCCAGAGCCCAAAUCGUUCGAAGAUUCCUACAAUGGGUUCCGAUCAGACUUCAUCCAUAUGUCUAUAUCGCUAACAUCGGGGCUCCGAAACGGCGGAGGUCGUCAUAAAGUGGCACCAAGCAGUUUGCACCUCUCUCCCGAAGUAUUUGAACACUUUUGGGCAUGGUACGCCCUCUUCGACGGUGCCUUAUCUCUUCCUAUACGUCAAGGAUCGCUGUAUUCAAGGAAGCGGCCGGUGUCACCGAAGUUCGGCCAGCAUCUUGCCACAUUGAAGUAUCGCGUCCUGAUUGAACAGUUUUUCAUCACGCACUUAUAUGUUGACAACUCCUGCGACGCGUGGGCGGAUGGAGUGACUCCCUUUGUCGGAGUUAAAGCCCUCAUUGACCGGUUCCAGGUAGACAUGCACCAGAGAGACCAGGAGAGCUCGCGACUGGUUCAUGGAGAACCCAAAGCAGUUCAUCAUAAAGCAUUUUACGCUAUCGAAGUUGUCAUGAAAGGUCUGGAUCUGCGCUCGAUGCUAGCUGUUUUCUCGGAACCUCUCAAACAAGAAGUGCGGAUGGAAUCGUCGCCUCUAGUCAGCAACUAUAGGUCGGAGAUCAAAACAGACUCUGUUUCGCAGGAAUCGGAAUGGAUCGACUGCGACGACUUCGACAGGAAUCAGUGGUCACCCGACAAAGCACCUACCGUCUACCUGCAGCCUGUUGGAUACUGUCCUCAUUUCACGUACUUCAAACGUGCCACAGACGAAAAUGCCGAAAAUCCGGAGAAUGUGCCGGUAAGAAGCAAAUUCGGUGCAGAGAAAACACAUAUCUGCCAUCUUGGACAAGAAGCCUCUGUCACACAGGUACAGAUCUCGCUGACAGGGUCCCGUAUCAAGGAAUUGCAGCAGAAGUUGGCUCAUUGCUCGGCCAAGGCGUCAACCUCGAAUGACGGUGAUGAAAACGAGCUGCGCAAGAAGAUCGCAUUGUUGAAUAACUACGUCCAACAUCUGCACAAAAUCGAUGCGACGUCCUUUUCAGCUGUUCCGCAACGCAUCCAAAGCUACCAUAUGCCCUCAGAUGCAGUAUCUCCGGAGGAUUGGGCAGAGUUUGACCACGUCUACCAGGUUCAUUCUCCGCAAAUAUACCUCAAUCGUACCAUCCGUGAUGUGAUGAUGCAGUAUUAUUACUGCUCUCGUGCUAAACGAGGAAUCGAAUACCACAUGGCAACGCGUGCCGUAAAGUUCAUUCGUGACCAAGCGCAGGCGGCUCUCGCAGAUCUAGUUCAGGACAAGGAUGGUCAUCGCAAGCCAGUGUCCAAUGCGCAAGCUGCUGCUAUCGCUGUUCGCAAUUUCUUUACUGGCGAGAAUACAUCCAGCACUCCCGUUGACGAUGGUCAGCCUUAUUCGGUUGAUGACCCCGGUUCUAUUGAUCCACUGGAUGGAUGGUCUGAGGACGUUUCCCUCCAGAAGAGUCAUUUCUGUCUAUUGCUCAAGCCGCAAUUCGUCCUACGAAGUGAAGCCAAUUCGGAAUCAGACCAUGACUCAGUUUGUGUCCUUGCAGCUGUGCAAGGAAAGCUCACGUCAUUCGCCAUUCUUGAUAGUGCCAAUGCUGACGAUCCUGUCAGCGGACUGGUCAUGAAUCGAAACUUUGCAUCUAUCGUAGGACUACAGACGUUUUCGCCUUCUACCGCGAAUAUGUCUGGGGAUGGCUACGUUCCUCUGGAAGUUCUCAUUGACUUGCGAUGCGAGAACAGUGCGUUCGACCGACUUGUUCCUCAGACAAAUGCGUUAUUCCAGUAUGACAAGUUUAACCGACUGCGUUUGCGCAAUGAUGUCACAUCUGUUGCGCAAACAGGUCAGAAUUCGAAUCGCCAGCACGAUCACUUGCAGAAUCAGACUGAUCUUGUUCGGGUGCAUGUGCCACGAUUUACUGUCUCCGCGAAUGAUGGUCACUUCCAAGCCAUCGCCAAUAUUGUCACUCGUCUUAUUCUCUUUUCGGAUGCCGCUCUCAAAGACCGUUCAGACAAGCUUGAAAGGAUGCUGUUCAAUUACGACUUCACGAACUUAGCAUCUGCUGCUGAUGUGGUGGCGAACAUGCAGAUACGCCUCAGACAUGCGCUAGAGACUCGCCAAGAAGCUGUUCGACAGCUUCAUCAAUACGGUAAUGAGGGGCAAGUGGAGAUUCUUAGGAUUGAUGCGCAUAUUAUCCUGCUAGCUGAAGAGCUCAACUUGAUCUUCGACGCUAUCAAAUUAGCCCAGGACAAGGCGAAUGAUCAUCCGGAGCAGAAGUCAGCUUUGCUACUCCACACGUCAUCAUCUGAAAUUUCUUGGAGGAUGCUUGACCAGCAAGGUCAACUACUUGCGAAGCUCGCGGUUCGUGACAUCAAUUUCUAUUGGCUCAGUCGGCAGGACAGUUCUAUAGUCAACCAACUAGUCUUGGGUGAUCUUCAAGCUUUCGAUGGUGCCGCUGAUGCUGAAUGGACCGAGAUCCUGUCUAAACACACAGAUCCCAUCACGCAUCCGCUAGUGAAGCGUAAAUUGUUCGUUGUUGCAGAUUGGAUAGUGUUGCCCCCGGUCGGCGGCAUCACCAUUUACGAACGAUUCGAGCUGACCUUCCACCCAAUGCGCUUGCAACUUGACACUCGCACGGGGAGACGCAUCAUGGAGUACGUCUGGCCCGCUCGCCGACACAGGGAACAUUCAGACGAUGAACUCCAUGGCCUGGAUUCGCUCCCCGACUCACCUUCUCCCACAAGCGACCACGCGAACAUUCUGAUCAUACCGGAUAGCCCUCUAAGCCCUCGACGUUCAUCAUGGGAUGUUUCCCCUCUGAAAUCCCCUGAUGCAAGUAAACUAACGCCGGUACCCUUGCGUAAGCUGGGAACCUCGCGUUCCUUCACGGAUUUGCGCAACGCGUCGAGGUCGGACACCUUGCGAUCACCCGGGUUGCACAAGACACGCUCAACCGAUGCGCUUGUGACCCUGAGCAAGCCCUCGCGGUCCGUGACGAGCCAGGUUUCCAAAGACUCUGAGGGUACGAAGGAACGUAAUGGGCAGUCACGCAAGAGGCAUGAGAUUGAUGACGCAACUGAGAUGAAGACGCGCUCGUCUCAGAAGACGUUCGUUUGGGUAAGAGUCAACAGCCUUUACCUUCUCCUAAGCAUUGCGAAGGAAGAUUCCUUCCUCUGUCGCGAUGCACGUAUCCGGACGCGAGACCUUGAAUACCGAAAUCAGACAUGGAGUUUUGAGGAGUUGGUUGAUCAAUUUAUUCCAUCGGGGCGAAACUGGCGUGGUUGGGUGAAGAUGGCAUUCCAGCAACCGCUUGUCCCGGUUCUGCCUGUUGCGCGGGAGCUGAUCUCCAAAACCAAGUGGAUUGCACCCAAAAGCCAUCACAGUCACACUCUUGACGAACAUCACCGAUCGACGCUGCUGCCAUUCCAAGCUCGACAAAUGACAUCUUCGUCGUCAUCUGGCUCGACUGCAACCGGCUCACGGACUACGUCGACACCCACUGGUACGCUGUUAUCGAGUUCAAAGGGAAGAGCGAUGUCAUUGUUCCAUCUGCAUAACAAAACGGCAACACCCAUCGUGGCAUCAAGCCUGACGACUGAGCCAGAGGAGAUCCAAGACUCUUCGGAUGCGUCUUCGCGCCGGAGAGGAAGGCCCCGAGUGUUCAGUGUGUUCAAGAGGAGAAAUCAGACGGGCAUGCGGUCCAGUAUGGAUUCAGAUAUGUCCACCACAAGCGUGGGAUCGUCUCGACCCUCAGAACAAUCGUCCCGGGAAGACUCGAAUGCUAAUGGAGACGCAUGA